CACCAGGUGACGUCACUACUCGAGGUACUUGUUAGGAUUGCGGUCUGUUAUCAGUAUAACAGCCGUGCUGGAGAACAUAUAAAAGGUUGGAGUGGCGAGUGAAGGGGUCAAUCGGGACCGAAAAACCCCGCUCGUGACUCUACAAAAGUUAAUAUUAAAAUAUACGAAAUCUACGGGAAGUUUUUUUUUUUAAAUUAUAUAUCGACCAUGGAUAGUCUAUCAAGGACAAUAACGGAAUGGCCUUGUAAACAACUGCCUGUUACCGUAGUUUUUGUAGCAUUCAUUUUAUCGUCUCUAUCGAGGUGUAACCCCAUCUCGACGUGUGUCGAAGAAGAAGUUUUAGUAAGAAAUCAAGCGUUUAAAGAUAGAAUAAUUGAUACGUAUAAUCGCAAAUUUUAUAUACUUUCACAAACGACAGAAGAACAACUGGAAAGUUGGCGUAACGAAACACUGAAUAUUCUACUUGCGAAUAUCCAACAACAAAGAAGUGUUGCAGAAACAAUAAUCAACGAGAUGACGAGGAGAGAAUUUUGUUCUUCGUCGGACUAUGGUAAUUUAUCGAACACACCAACAACAGACAGUCUUCUGAAUUUAGCAAAGGAUGCAGCUUUGUUGAAACUUCACAUUUCAUUAGUCAAACAUUCGUCCAACGUAUUCUUUACAAAUCAACAAGUUAAACCAUUGAUUCAAGAAGAUUCGGACACGAUAAACUCGAACAGCAACGAGAAAAUUGAACAGCUGGCUGCAAAUCUACUGGAAAGCGCUCACACCCUUCAAAAUGUGAUCAAGACAAUAAACAAUGAGACAAACUUUACAGAAAUGUUGAACAGCGCGUUAGAUCAGAGUCUGACCAAACAUUGUUCCCCCUCCAAGAAGUUUCUACGUUUAUGCCAGACAGUCAAAAGCAGCUAUAAAUUAUUACAAACGGUUUCCGAUUAUGUCAAAGGUAAUUUUGUGUUGUGAUCCAUUUUCUUAAAUUAUUAAUAUAUAUAUAUAUAUAUACGUAUACAUUACAAGAAUGCGCACAAUACUUAAGAAAAACAACACGAAACGUAAAUUGUGUUCUUCCUUCACAAGAGGAAAUUACGUAAUUGUGAUAUACAAAUGUAUAUUUAUAUAUAUAUUUUUAUAUAUAGACUGAUACAGUCUAUACGUACGUAUAUAAAGAUGUCAGCCAAGCGGAUUUUAUAUUUAUAUAUA